CGAUUACUCGGCCUUUUUAACCACCCCCAGGUCAAAGGUUGGAGUUCAACCCGCCCGCCUUCUGGAGGCAAGAGAAACAAGAUGGCAGAUCAACAAGACAAACGGGACUUGUUUUAGUUAAUCCAACUUUUCCACUUUUGAUUUCUGCACAUUAAAAUAUAUACAAUUAGCUAGCUAAAGAAAUCUAUCGCCGACGCAUUUUAUGGGUGAUAUAUCAGCUACUUAAGCGAGAUUUCACAGGUUAGCUGAUUGCCAACUGCCGUUAGACUGCUAGCUAGGCUAAGCUAGGCUAGCUUGUUUCUGUCUGGUCGGAGCGUAGUGAGAACUGCCAUCAUGCAGGACCUGAUAGCCACCGUGGACCACAUCAAGUUUGAUCUAGAGAUAGCUGUGGAGCAGCAGCUGGGGGCUCAGCCUCUCCCCUUCCCCGGGAUGGACAAGUCCGGGGCUGCUGUGUGUGAGUUCUUCAUGAGAGCAGCCUGUCUCAAAGGUGGCAUGUGUCCGUUCCGUCACAUCAGUGGGGAGAAGACGGUGGUGUGUAAACACUGGCUCAGAGGACUCUGUAAGAAGGGAGACCAGUGUGAGUUUCUACACGAGUACGACAUGACCAAGAUGCCCGAGUGUUACUUCUACUCCAAGUUCGGAGAGUGCAGUAACAAGGAAUGUCCAUUCCUCCACAUCGACCCAGAGUCUAAGAUCAAAGACUGUCCCUGGUAUGACAGAGGCUUCUGCAAACAUGGUCCAGACUGCAGACACCGCCACACCAGAAGAGUAAUCUGUAUGAACUACUUGGUUGGGUUUUGUCCAGAGGGCCGGUCCUGUAAAUUCAUGCACCCACGGUUUGAGCUGCCGAUGGGAGCCACGGAACAGCCUCCUCUACCAGCACAGAUACUGGGUCACCAGAAGCCGUUGCCUUCGCUUGGCCGCUCGUCCCUGUCACUCAUCCAGCUGACCAAUCCUGGGGGCGGGGCGGGUCCUCACCAGCAUCAACACCAUCAACGCCAGCCGUACUCCUCUGGUCCCAGCAUGCAUCAGCACCACAACAACAUGGGAGGAGGGAACAGGGGUCCACGCCCACUAGACCAGGUCACCUGCUACAAGUGUGGUGAGAAGGGCCACUACGCCAACAAAUGCACCAAAGGACACCUGGCCUUCCUCAGUGGACAGUAGCUCUCUCACGACCCCCGUGGUUGGACUCCGUUCAGCUGGAAGACGACGAGAGCAGAAAGUUCUGUAGAUUUUUGAGAUGCUAUUUUGAAACUUCCAAGUCCUUCGCUGAGUCCUCCGGACGGACAGACAGACCUGUUUCUAGAUCGUCAGACUGAGUCCUCAGGACCCUCCGGACAGACAGACCUGUUUCUAGAUCGUCAGACUGAGUCCUCAGGACCCUCCGGACAGACAGACCUGUUUCUAGAUCAUCAGACUGAGUCCUCAGGACCCUCCGGACAGACAGACCUGUUUCUAGAUCGUCAGACUGAGUCCUCAGGACCCUCCGGACAGACAGACCUGUUUCUAGAUCGUCAGACUGAGUCCUCAGGAACCUCCGGACAGACAGACCUGUUUCUAGAUCGUCAGACUGAGUCCUCAGGAACCUCCGGACAGACAGACCUGUUUCUAGAUCGUCAGACUGAGUCCUCAGGACCCUCCGGACAGACAGACCUGUUUCUAGAUCGUCAGACUGAGUCCUCAGGACCCUCCGGACGGACAGACCUGUUUCUAGAUCGUCAGACUGAGUCCUCAGGAACCUCCGGACGGACAGACCUGUUUCUAGAUCGUCAGACUGAGUCCUCAGGAACCUCCGGACAGACAGACCUGUUUCUCGAUCGUCAGACUGAGUCCUCAGGAACCUCCGGACAGACAGACCUGUUUCUAGAUCGUCAGACUGAGUCCUCAGGACCCUCCGGACAGACAGACCUGUUUCUAGAUCGUCAGACUGAGUCCUCAGGACCCUCCGGACAGACAGACCUGUUUCUAGAUCGUCAGACUGAGUCCUCAGGACCCUCCGGACAGACAGACCUGUUUCUAGAUCGUCAGACUGAGUCCUCAGGACCCUCCGGACAGACAGACCGGUUUCUAGAUCGUCAGACUGAGUCCUCAGGAACCUCCGGACGGACAGACCUGUUUCUAGAUCGUCAGACUGAGUCCUCAGGAACCUCCGGACGGACAGACCUGUUUCUAGAUCGUCAGACUGAGUCCUCAGGAACCUCCGGACGGACAGACCUGUUUCUAGAUCGUCAGACUAGAGGACAGCAGACAGAGAGUUGAAGCGUCUAUGGUCUCCCAGGUAACUAGAUGGUCUCCCAGGUAACUAGAUGGUCUCCCAGGUAACUAGAUGAGUGUUUUCCCCGACUGCGUCCUCUGGUGAUGCUUCUGAUGUCCUCUUUGAUCAAAUCCUUCUGUUGGUCCUAAACCCCCCUUUUAACGUCGAGACACUUUUGGGGACCCAGCUGUGAUUGGUCAGAUUGCUUCAUGUACUUAUUAAGGGAGAGGAAGUAGAGGAAGUGUGUAACCUAGCCAACCAAUCCUGGACAUCGGUCAUCCAGGGAAUCAAACGUUGCUGAGCCGACCCAGGUUUUGAUCAAAAAUAUUAAAACACGAUAUUCAAUCUUCAGACCUUCUUCCUGUAUGUGAGUGAAGAGACUAGUAGACGUUCUAACCCAGGAUCCUGUUGGUUCAUCCCGAAUACUCCCGUUUUACUGGCUUCAGAGGCAACCUUCAAUGAAUUGGAAUGGGACUCUUGAGCUGUGAUGUUGCUGUUUUGGAUCCUUUCACAGCCUUUUCCCCCCGGAGGAGGAGGUGGGACAGAUCUGUGGUGCCUUUCUGUAGAUUACAGUUUCAGAAUGUUCUAGUCUGUAAAAUACAAUGAACCUGUUCCUCCUGGUCUGUAAAAUACAAUAAACCUGUUCCAGUCAGUC